GAGCGCAGAAGGAAGAAGGGGCUCGGUAAUGGCGGACACGUGUGGACAGGUGCUGCUGGGAACGGGACUUACGGUCCUUUCUCACCCGCUUAUGUACAUCAAGGUGCUGGUGCAGGUUGGACACGAGCCUCUUCCUCCCACUCUUGGGCGCAACAUAUUUGGCAGGCAGGUUUAUCAGCUGCCCGGACUGUUUGCAUACGCCAAAUAUAUAACAAAGAUUGAUGGAAAAGCUGGCCUCUUCAAAGGCCUCGCACCGAGACUCUGCGCUGGAAGCAUUGGUACCAUUGUGCACAGCAGGGUCCUGCAGAAAUGCCAGGAAUCUGGAAAAGCUGAGGAAUCUUGCAAAAAUCUGAAUGGAGAUGGAUCCCUGCAACAUGUUGUGAAUGAGACGAGCAAAGAGAUGGUGGCACGAUGCUGUGCUACAGUUAUCACACAUCCUUUCCACGUGAUCACUUUGAGAUGUAUGGUGCAGUUCAUUGGCAGGGAAACCAAAUACAGUGGAGUUUUCAGUUCCAUUGGCACAAUCUACAAAGAGGAAGGAAUUCUGGGAUUCUUUGCCGGGCUCAUCCCACGUCUCCUUGGAGACAUCCUGUCACUAUGGAUCUGUAACAUGCUGGCCCACCUGAUUAACACCUACGCAAUUGAUGAUACGAUGAAUCAUAUGGGUGAAAUCAAGAACUGUUCGCUUGCUGUGACUGGGUUUUUUGCAAGUAUGCUCACAUACCCUUUUGUUCUGGUGUCCAACCUUAUGGCUGUGAACAACUGUGGGCUGGCAGGAGGCCUUCCCCCCUACGCGUCUGUUUAUCCCACUUGGGUGGACUGUUGGAGACACUUGAGCAGAGAGGGGAACAUGAGCAGAGGAAACAGUCUGUUUUUCCGGAAACUGCCAGCAGGGAAGACGUAUGCAGUGGAUCAACAGCGAUUCUUUUGAAGGACAAGACAAUGCAUAGUGUCUAAUUGUAAUAAUAUAAAGUGAGUUGGAAUGAAUGGGGUAUAUCUAAUUUGUAUGCAUUUGUUUACAAUAUUGUAUUCAUUUUUUAAAAACAAUCUCUCAAACAUACCACCAGUAAAGAACAUAAUUUUGACAUGAGUUGCUUUGAUUGAAACAGCAAAGAGCUUUGUAUUAAUAUCUAGGGAUUUAUAAAAUUGCUACUGGGCUUUAAAGAAAGCAUUUCACUUUUUAAACACGGUAAGGACUUUAGGCCUUUGUCUACAGUAUUGUUGGCUUCCCUGUCCCUGCUGGGGCCCCUAGAGGGGGGUAUACUUUGUUGUGCAACAGAAUGUGUGUGCACAACUCCCUGCGAUGAUAUGUACCUGGUUUGCUGAGCAUUUUGGGGCUCUAACCUGUCAGUUUCCCAGCUCAACCAGCGUGACUUUUAUUCUGUGAGUUGUAACAGAGACAUGAGACCUACUUCUAUCACUCAGUGAAUCAUAUUGAUGUACCUGUAACCUGUUGCUUUCCUGAAGGGUCCAAAUGAAAGAAUGUUGAAUAAAAGUGACUGGAAAGAAUAACUGG